CACAGACGUUCGCUGACGGGCGAAGGAGUCGGUUCUCGGUGUCGGUGUCCGUAUCCUGUCUUGUGCCCGUGUUCGUGUCCCACCGACUUACAUUGCGCUCUCGUCGCGGAAGGGCAACAACGCGACUAACGAAGGUACGUGUGCGCGUGUAGAGAGAGAGAGAGAGAAAGAGAGAGGGAGAGAAGAAGAGAGGAACACUUGUAUUGUUUCAUUACAAUCUGAAUUUCCAUUUCGUUUAUUCGUGUGGUCGUAAAAGUGUCAUUGGGUAAAACUUAAAUAAAAAGUAAUUUUUUUCAAAGAUAUUCUCGCGUGCGAACGAUCAAGAGAUCCGCUCGUCCGCGCCUCGCUCCUGUCUUCUCGUUGUGCUAGUGGUGUGAUACUGUAGUUAGUGUACUGUCUACGGUGGUAGUGGUAGAGCUGCUGCUGCUGGUGUGGUGGCGGUGAUGAUAGUAUAGUGGUGGUAGUAGCAGUGCACGCUGCUGGUGUUCGUUCGUACGUCGCGGCUCUCGUCGAUUUGGCGGCUGGGAGGGGGGAGGAGGAGGCUCCCCAUCCUCCCCUUCUCUCGCUCACGUUACUACGGUUAUCCCGUAUAUACUUUUGGAUGCGAAAAACGCGCAUACCUGCACCAUCAACGAGUAUGGAGAUAUCUAAGACGCUACAGGAAGAAAUACUCACCGUGCAAAACAAGCUGAAGAAUGCCAUACGCGAUCAUCAGAUAUGCGUGGGCAAAUUGAAAGAUGAUCCACACAACACUAUCAUUCUCGGACGGAUACAGGACAUCCAUUUGCACAUCGUCUCUUUGGAUAGAUGUCAGAAGCAAGUCCUACAGCGGCUGCGCAAAGAGGUUGAAGCAUUUAAAGCGCAAAAUGCAAAUGGGCCGAAAGUUUCGUUAGCGUCGUUACUUGGUUUGGAUAAUAAUAAUCGUCAUAUCACAAAUAAUAAUGAUAAGAGAAGUAACAAAGUGGUGGGAAACACCAACAAUCUUGAUGUUAAGAUAUCAAAGGAUGAUUACGAGGACACAGUGCGCAACAGCGACGUACCAUCGCCCUCGCAAGAAAAUUCGCCUUCCAAAGAUCGAUCGAGCUCGGUGGAGACGAUAUCCGGCGAGGACGAUGUCAUAGAGGUCUCCAUGGAUGAAAAUUCAAACGAGACGCAGGAGGAGCUUGAUAAGAAAGAUUGCAAGAACGAAGUCAAUGAAAAGAUAACGUUCCUAUCCAAUUUGAGCCUGAUCACCAAUGCGAGAUAUUCCGAAUUACAGAACAAGAGGGUAGAAAGAAAACGGCGUAGCACGGCUAAUCCUCAAUUUGUGUACUCCUGUUUCGAAGCACCGAUGAAAAGGAAGAGAUGCACGUAUUUGCAAUCCGGUGGAAGUGCACCACAGACACGACAAACGACAGCUCGCAUGAAUGGACCAUCACCACCUCCAGUUAGUAAGACAGCCUUACCAAAAUCCACAUCACCACCAUCGAGAACGACGAUAGGAAAAUCUCUCAUUCCCCUGCAAAAGUCCAUGACGAGACCUAACAUUCUUAGGAAUGCAUCAGAAAACAAAGUCUAUACCGGAAAGGGCAAGGUUGAAAAUGGUUCAAAUUCUAUACCAUUACCGAUCGUUGGUACGAAAACGAUACAAUCAACUGGUAGUAGAACUGUGCAUAUACCAGGACUACCUUCGAGUUUAACGAUAGAGAGGAUCGAAAAUGAUUCGAUUGUUUGUAUAAGGUGUAGAAAUCCAGGUACUCUAACGGUAUGCGAGAAUUGUUCGGCCAACUACCAUGUAUCCUGUCAUUCCGUCUCGCCGGCACCCCCAAGAAUUUGUCCUAAAUGUGCGUUCGUCGAAGAUGACGAGGAAGAGGAGGAGGAGGAGGACGCAGAGGUUCAGGAAGCUGAAGAGGAUGACGAAGAGGAAGAAGUGAAUGGAAGAGAAUCUUGCAAUAAGGAAGAAGAACUCGCUACAACAUCGUACGCGUCAGGAGCUAUUAGGAAAGCAGGAGAGGACACAGAAAUCCAUAAAACGUCUUGUGGACUUUAUAAAGCUGAUGCAACUACGAAAAGGCACGUGCUCGCCUCCGCGCUCGGAAUCGGACAGCUUCCAUCCUCGACCUUCCUCAUCCCAAUCUCCCCGAGUAACGUCACCCCCCCCAACCACGAGUACUCGACAAUUAGUGCAAUCGCAACAAGAACUGACGUCGAGCAAUCAGAGAACAAUAAUGGCAACGGUAACAGUAGUGGCCGAUCCUAUUCUUCGAUCGUCCUCAACCAUUUGCCACAGUCAAACAUCAGCUACAUGCAGUCGGAGCCCCAGUUGCCAUAUGCCUACCAAUUACCAAUCAGUAGCGUUCAACCAGAAAAGCAUCAAUCAUACCUCAUCGUUAAAAAGAUCUCAGAACCAAUUGGAAGGUCCGCUCAGCUUGCCAUCGGAACUCAAUCAGAAGGGCAGAGUCUUUCAACGUUCUUCGACUCCCAAUUGCCAACCACGUCCCGGUACGAAUCACGCGUUCACUCUGAGGUCACCCUCGCCCAAUCAUCCGUCUACCUUGAAAAGCAUUUCUCCGAAUCGGUCGGCCGAGGUCGUAGUAAAAAGACAAAUCGGGCAGUACCAGCCCUCAACCGUAUCGUCGAUUCCGAAGAAUUCUCCGUUACUACCAGCGACCGUCCGAUGGAACGAUCAACCUACAAUGGCAAGAAGCCCAGAACUAGACAAUCAAGGAUCAAGCUCGGUAUCGAUCAUCUACGAACAACAACAAGAGACACGGAGUUUCUCUUACCCGCUUACGACGGUAGCACAAUCUCAACAGAACAGUUCCCAAUGUCAAACAGUGCCAACACAAAAGAGACGUUUCUCGGUGGUCGGUCAAAGAAUAGAACACGAUCAAGUGGCUUACUCCACUCUCUCUUCUCAGGCUACGACUCCUCCUGUGUCGUCGCCGACGAUACCACCCUCGUCCUCUCACGAACCACCUGUAAUACAAACGACAAAGACCGUACAGACCUGUACCAACAAUCGUAUCGCAAAACUGAUCGUUUCGAAUCAGUCGAACACCCAAACGAACACCAGCGCGGGACCAUCGCAAAAUUCUUCGAACACGUGAAAUUGGAAGAAGCGCAUAUAUCAGCGCCACCUAGAGCAAAGCUAGCGUGCAAGAGCACGAACAUUGAGAUCGAGGAAGUCGAUCGAUCUCAACAGGAUGAAGACGAAGAGGAUUUUCAUCGAAGUUCCGAUAAUGAAUUUCUCGAUGAAGAAACUACACAAAAUUUUAACGAACGAGUUGAACGAGUGGGACCAAGCGGCGAAGACAAUUCCCGAAUUAAGACUCCUGAAUACGUUGGACUUGUGGAUGCAGAACCAUGUUCAGGAAUGACAACAAAAGGUAACGUUGAUGGGAAUAUUUCAUCUAUAGAAGCAAUAUUGGAAGUAAAUGAUAAGAUUUCAUCUUCGAAGAAAGACCUGCCCGAGACAUCGUCUUCGCAGUCCCAGACCGCACAAGUGAAUCAAAUUAAAUCUGAUGACGAGGUAUCAGUUCCUGAUGAUAAGGCUGACGUCGAGAGACAAGACUUACAUGGUGGCCGAUCGUCGUCCAGCACACCUCACAGUGACGUUCCAAAUAAACCACCGAUCAUUGAGGAAAAACGAUCUUCUAUGAAAAAACUCGAUGAAGAUCUAGGCAUUAGCUCCGUUUCUCUAGAAAAUAUGCGCGUUUUGGAACAAUUUGAGUCUGCUAUGCUGGAGGCCGAUUGUAGUAAGACCGCCACUUGUUAGAAAUUAAUUAGGGUAAACAAUCCUGAUUCUGUUGGCGCGCGUUAAUCAUAUUCAUAGCAGCCUUUUGUUUUCCUUUUUUUUCAUUAUCUUUUAUUAGUUAUUUUCAUUCUUUAACGAAUCAAACUCUUGAAAUGAAAAAUAUACUACGUUUAGGAUUAUAUUCAUUUUUUAAUUUCAUCCUGAAAUCGGCGUAAAUGAGUUUGAUAGUAGCAGUAUUUUUAUAUUGAUUUUGUUGUAUAUUUUAGAGAUAGUAUUGUUGACAAAUCGAUGAUAAUAGUUAUGAGGAGAAAGUGAAAAAAUCGGAACUUAAAAACAGGAAAUAGAAGCGGAAAAGAAAAUUGUGUAUCUUCUCGUUGUUUCUUUCUUUCUUUUUUUUUUUCAUAUAUUGCAUUCGUAUCUUCAUUUCUUAUUUAUUUAUCAAUAAUAUUGAUAUUUGUUAGAAUGGGGUAUUACGAAUAGUUUUCUUUUUUAUUUUUUUUUAUUUUUGUUUUUUUUUUUUUUUUUAUGGAAAUUCAUGUAAAUUUCAUAUACGUUGAACGCCAUUAUUACUGUCUAUUGUUACAGGAGCAUAUUUUUCGAUGAUAUCGAUAAAUUAUCAUCCUUAUUAUUAUUCAUUUCGAUACACUACGAUCGGUCUAAUGCGAUAAAUUUUCUCUUGUUAUUUUGUGCGGUACGUUCCUAAUCAAGAUUUCACGUGUAGUUCCCAUGAGAUCUACUAAAAAUAUAAAGAAUUCGCAUAUCGUGCAGUGAAUAAAAUAUACGCUGUUAUAUUUAGUCUGGAAUAUUAACAAGAACGGAAAUGAGAGAAGCCUAAUUUAAGGCAAAUCUAGCCAUAUUACCAUACUGCCUUAUUAGUUCUUCGAAUAAGGUAUUUUUUAUUAAUAGUUACCGCAUACGAACCCAAGAGAAACGCACGACAUAUUGCGCUCAUUUUUGCGGGUUUAUGGAUAUAAUCAAAACUUGCUAUUAUUGCUGCAAAAGUAGAUAUUAAGAAUGUGAAUAUGAACGAACGAGUAAGAAGUUGUAGCAAAAAUAUAUUCUUAUGCCUAGUUAGUUAUGAUUAAAUACGUAUCGACUGCCUUUUCAUUUAUAUUAUUAUUAAUACGAAUGCUUUUUGAUAUUUUCCGUUAUGAAAAAUUUUUCUACUAUUAUUAACCGUAAAAGAUUUAUCUUGAAAUUGUGAGCUAAAUGCAUUCGUUCUAUCGUGUUAACAGGGUAUGUUGAUCUGUUAAUAUGAGUUGUAUUUUUGUACCGUCGAUCGUUUUUAAAUGUGCAUAUUGUUUCAGUUAAAUAAUAAUGAUUGCAAAUGAUUUUAUAAGAGUAAUCAUAAUUACGUAUUUGGUAGACUCUUUGAAUCUAUGCUAGCGUUUUUCUUUCUGUUUUAUUAUCUUGUUGAUUGAGUUGAUUGCACACGAUACGACUAUCUAUUGUAUACAAUUACGCAAAAAAUUGUUAUGUGAUGUAGAUGACGAGAUUCAAAAUGAAAUUCGUAUUUUUAUGAAUAAAUCGAUUUAAACUCGACAGAA